AUGUUUGGAGGAUGGUUUCCGCACACAAGUGAGCCGUCCGACUUCAGCAACUCCGAACCCCCGUGCAACAUCAAUGGAAUUCUUCUGGCUUCCAUCUUUGUUGUGCCCUAUAUCGCUUUCCUCAUCGUGCUCCCGGGCGUGCGGGGGAAGCGGACCAUCACCCUGCUCACCUACACCGUCAGUAUGUUCGUCGGCGGAGCGUUGAUAGCCUCAAUCGUGAACCCCGGGUGGGCAGUGGGACAAGCCCGAAUCGUCAGCCAAUUCCGGGCCCAUACCCGCGAAAAGAUGGUCUCCCGACUCGGCGUCAACGUCGGCCUAUCACAUCUCAACAUCACGCUCAGACACGAGCGACAAUACCAUGAGAAGGCCGCGUUUUUCAAUGGGCUCGUUAAUGAGGAUAUCCACGACACUGUGCCAAACUUUACAAAGUUGUACUUUAACGAAAAGUUUGAUAUAAGUGGAGUAUCCUCAAUGGCAGAAGCCCUCCGGAAUGCCUACUUCCACGGUCUCCCCUAUCCAAUGCUGUCGGUUCUCGAGUAUUUCUCUUUGAAUCAAGACUCAUUCGAUUGGGGCAGGCAUUACCGGGUGGCCGGCCAUUACACCUAUGCAGCAAUGUGUUUGGCAACGGCCUGCUGGGCCUUGUCGAUCGUGUUCUUGCUCUUUUUACCGCAUUGCUACGGGUGUGCACAGUUGGCAUGCGGCAUGUCGUCAAUCGGCGGUAUCAUCAUCUACGUCGUGAUAUCACCUGCCGAACUGGUGAUCGCGUUCGUGGGUGAGGACGGCAAUCGGACUGUUAUGGAUAUGAAAUUCGGAUGGUGUUUCUAUUUGAUAAUUUCACAAGCCAUUCUAUCCAUUGCGUUUGGCCUCUCAUUAAUGCUACUCCAGCACUUCAAGCUGUACUCAUUAUCAACAUCGUUAGACGCACAUUUGGAUGAGACUGUUGGCCCGUCAAAAAGAAGAAAAUCUCCUGAUGGUAAGCCGGGAGAGGAUUUGGCCAAUUCACUAGAGGUGAUGCGACGGGCAAAAAUGUCGACUGCCGUUGAAGUUUGCUCAACAAGCCAACACAGCAAGCAGUCGAGCGGGAUCCACUCUAGAAGCAGCUAUUCUACAGAUACCGCCAGCAUACAUAGUAGCGGCUCGUUUGGGUCUGUCAAAUCCCUGUCACCGCCUGCCCGAAAUCUAACGCUGAGGAGCAGGAAAGCGGAUGAGAUCCAGAUUGAAGUCGAGAAAUUA